UAGAAGAGGGAAAAAAAGCGAACGAGCGAAUUAGUAGGAGAAAAAAGGAGGCUGUCACCCAGUGGCGUUCACUUCAAAGAGCCGUUUCAGUUGCGACAUGUCACUGACUUGGAGGAUGCUUGUCGAGUGGAUGGAAUGGCAUCGUGUCUGAUUCAUUCAGGCCACAUUACACCUGAUGUAUGAGGACUCAAUAGGACACCAAGAAAUUAUUCGUCAGCGAGAUUAAAUGAGGUGAAUUUGACUGUUUUUUUUUUUUUAGAGCAACUGCAAUGUUUACAAGUAUAACUGCCUCAUGGAGUAGUUAAAAAUACAAACUGGUUUGAAUUCCAAGUGGAUAUACUUCUCUCAAACUUUGUGGUGAAGAUGGAAAAGUGCGUUUUUACGUCCUCCCUGGAUCAGUUCAUGCUGAGCCCACUUGUCACUUGGGUGAAGACCUUUGUUUCACACGAUGAAGGCCGACACUUGGACUUUUCUGACUUGUUGGAUGGAGUCUUAUUGAAUGAUAUUAUGAGCCAAAUAAAUCCUCCAGCGACACAUCAAACUGCAAAUAAGUUGAUCAAGGAUCCAAGUCAGAGGGUCCGGAACUUGACCGUCCUUGUUCAGCAAAUCAAGACCUAUUAUCUGGAAAACCUGAGACAGUUGAUUCUGAUUCCUGUUCCAAAUGUGCUGCUGCUUGCUAGGAUUCCUCAAACUGAAUUAACUCUGGAGGAAAUGAAGAAACUGUUGUUGUUGCUGCUAGGAUGCGCAGUACAGUGUGAAAAGAAACAGGAGUACAUUGAGAGAAUCCAGACGCUUGACUUUGACACAAAAGCUGCCAUCGCAUUGCAUAUUCAAGAGCUAACCCACAGUCAAGACAAACUACUAGACUUACACUGGUUGGAGUCGUGCGGCAUACCCACUCAUGAGCUGGAGGUCUUGGCAAAGAAUAUGGCCGUGCAUCUCCAACGCCUGCUGACCCAGAGAGAUGCCCAUCUGGAAACUAUCGCCGAACUAACACAGGAAAGGGAAGGUGGGGUUAGCAUCCCAUCCAACCCACAGUCCGCCAUGUAUCCUUCCAGCAUGCAACAGCAACAGCAGCAGACUGGGAAUCACCAACAUUUAGUGGUGGAACUUGCAGACUCAAAGGCCAAGAUCAGACGACUUAGACAGGAGCUAGAAGAGAAGAGUGAACAGAUGUUGGACAGCAGACAUGAACUAGAGAACAUGGAGGCAGAGCUGAAGAGGAUUCAGCAGGAGAAUCUGCAGCUGCUCGUCGACGCCCGAGCAGCCCGCACCUACCGCGACGAGCUGGAUGCUCUGAGAGAGCAAGCAAUGAAAGCAGAUAGGUUGGAGAGCGAGGUUGGACGCUACAGGGAACAACUGCACAAGAUAGAGUUCUACAAGGCCAAAGUGGAGGAGCUGAAGGAGGACAACAGAGUGCUCCACGAGACGAAGGAGGUGUUGGAGGAUCAGCUGGCAGGCUGGAGGGCACGCUCAGAUAAAAUCCACCAGCUGGAGAAACAUAGUCUUCUCCUAAAGGCCCGGAUCCACGACAUGGAACAAGGAAGGGAGGCAGAUCGUAAAUGCAUCGAGGAGCUGCAGGACGAAAACUUGACACUGUGUUUAGCACAGAGGAGGAGCAUGGACGAGUCCCAACACCUGGGAUGGGAGCUAGAGCAGCUUUCCAAAAACGCAGAUCAUUCUCAUGGGCAGCAGACUUUAAGUGAGGAAGUGAGUGAGAGGAUCCGCAGUCGGCUGCUAAAACUGGAGAAGGAGAACCAACGUCUCCUGAAAACUGUCGAGGAACUCAAGGCUGCCUCCAUUCACUGUAACACACAGUCCAAGAAACACGUCCACCAUAACGACAGAGGCCUUGUCCGCCAGGAGCUGUGCAGUCCAGAUAAAUUGACCUCAUCAACAUGGAUUUCCUGCUCACAGGAACAAAACACCACGAAUGCAUCUAGUCUGGUAAAACGGCAGAUAUCCAUAAUGGAUCCUCAAUACCAGCAACUCUACACACAAGAACCCGAGGGAGCUCGUAUGGACCUCCUCUUAGCUAAUAAAGCUCCCAAUAUUGAGGAGAAAGCACAGCUUGAUGGUGAUGACAGUGGAGAGCAUUUCAAAGUGCUUCUAUCUGACCUGGAAGUGCAUGAAAAGAGUCGCUCUGUUGGAGCACAUGAUCCCUCCCCUGGCUCAAUAAGCAGCAGCUCCAGCAAUGAAGGCAUCUUCACGGGCCUGCCAGCACGCUUCACUUAUGCCAACAAGCAUACAGAGCGUCUGGAGGGCAAGUGCAGGACCCUGGACUCUGUUAAUCAGCAACUACAAGCUUCUCUUGGUAACAUUGAAAGGAAAGUGCAACGAUUGGAAUCUGAGGUUCAGGAACUGGAGGCAGACAACCAAAGCCUCCAAGCCACUUUAGAGGAACUCAGGAUUACUGCACGCCGCCUGGAUCAAAUCGAAGCAGAGAAGCAGAGUUUGGAACAAGAAAGCACAACUCUGGAGAAGGAAAAAAGGAAGCUGGAGAAAGAGAAUCGACGACUUCGCCAGCAGAGUGAAAUCCAAGAAGCCAAUUUAGACAGCAGCAAUGUCUGCAUGGCGAGCCUGGAAAGGGAGAUGCGCUACCUCGUAAAGGAGGUGGAGGAGUUAAGGGAGACGGCAGAAAGAAUAAAAGGCCUGGAGAGAGACAACAGAGAGCUGGCCAAGCAGGCUGCUAUAGACCAGAAGACCCUGGCCACUCUUAGAGAGGAGCUUGUUGGUGAGAAACUGAAGACUCAGCAGAAAGACACUGAACUAGAGAAGCUUGCCCAUGAGCAGGAGUUGAAGCUUCUCAACCAAGAGAGUAAACAACAAGUGGAACUCAACUCUGCAGACAGUAGAUUCAAGAUGCUGGAAUCAGAGUUGCAGUUGUCCAUGAAAAGGUCUGUUCAAAUUAAAGAAGAGAAGAUGGCUGUCCUAGAGGCCCGUCUUCAAGAAUCUUCGACGCUUAAUCAACAGCUGCGCCAUGAGCUCAAAACUGUGAAACUGCUCUACGAAGCCUUGCAACAGAAACAGGAGGAGGCAUCAAGCUCCGCCCCCACCUCACCAAGGGAGGAUGGCAAGGCAAUGAGUGAAUGGCUGCGUGAAAGUCAUGAAGCAACCAAAGAACUGCUGAAGCUCAAAGACCGUCUGAUCGAAGUGGAGAGGAAUAAUGCAACUCUGGAGACAGAGCGCCAGGCGACGCAGGCCCAGCUGAAGCAACUGGAGAGUCAGUCUGACGGUCAACAGGCUCAGAUCCUUGCCCUUCAGAGGCAAGCAGCCUCUCUGCAGGAGAUCAACACUACUUUGCAGACACACAACGCAAAUCUGCAGGUGGAAAAGUCCACACUGAACUCGCAGAGUGCCUCCCUGAUGGCUCAAAAUGCCCAGCUGCAGCAGCAACAGGCGGGGACAGAAAGUGAGAAAGACAGCGCCAUGCGGGAACGUGAAGAGCUCCGUGGCGCUCAUGAUCAACUAUUACGUGACCAUGAACGUCUGGCGGCUCUUCAUGAGCGCCAAGCCACAGAGUAUGAGGUCCUCAUGGGGAAACACGGCUGUCUGAAAAAAGCUCAUCGCACACUGGAGUUGGAGCAUCGAACACUACAGGACAGAUACAACAGCCUCUUACAACAGCGGACCAAGCUAGAAGAUCUUGAGAAGUCACUGAAGGAGGAGCAGAUGAGGAUAAGUAUGGAGAAGGAACAUCACAGGACCACUGCUGCUGAAUGCUGCAGGCUACGGGAUGAGAAAGACUGGCUAAACCAAACGUAUCGACAGCUCCUGAACGACAAUCAACUGCUGUCAUCAGAUCACAAGCAGCUUAAGAGCCAAUUAAAUGAGACGAAACUGGAGCACACCUGGCUGGAGGCUGAUUUUUCCAAGCUCAAAAAGGAGUAUCAGCAGCUCGACAUCACCUCCACAAAGCUCACCAACCAGUGCGAGCUGCUAAGCCAGUUGAAGGGAAACCUGGAGGAGGAAAAUCACCAUCUUCUCAGUCAGAUCGACACACUGAUGCUGCAGAACCGUACCUUGUUAGAGCAGACUAUGGAGAGCAAGGAUCUGUUUCACAUCGAGGAACGGCAGUAUAUUGACAAGCUUAAUGAUUUGAGGAGGCAGAAAGAGAAGCUGGAGGAGAAGAUAAUGGACCAGUAUAGGUUUUAUGAGCCCUCACCUCCUCGCAGGCGAGGCAGCUGGAUUACUCUAAAGUUAAAGAAGUUGAUCAAAUCUAACAGCCGUGAAAAAGGACUGGAUCACACUCUCGCACCAACACACUCGGAGCCGACCGAGGCGCAACUCUCAUGUCACGACAUCAGCUCCAUCAUCAGUUCAGACGGCUCUGGAGGCUCAACUUCCACAUCAGCAGGCGACGCCGUCUCACCUCAGCGGGACAACACCGCUCUCAAACUGUUUCCCCAUAUGAGGAACAGACUGAAGAACAAAGGCAAAGUCAAGUCCCUCAUCCGACGUUCCUUGUCCCUGAGCAGCAUGGUGUGUCCGUCAGCCCUAUUGGAGGAGGUGAAACGGGCAGAGAGCUCAGAGGAGCUGCAAGGUUGCAAGGCUGAUGUGCAGGACAGGAAAAAAGCAUUGACCUCAUUCAUUAGCACAUCCAUCAUGUCCAUCCUCCACCUGCAUCCCACCACUGAUCCAUCCAUCCAACGCCACCCAUUAGCCACUGACACGGAUGUCCCAGAUGUGUCAGAACUGACAGAUAAGGAUUCAAGUGACAGUGCUGUGCCAUCUGGUUUUGAGGACAACGACGUGCUGCAUCAUCAUGGGCUUAACGCGGUCCAGAGUCGAGCCCAAAGCGAGAGCAGUGGUGAGUUCAGCAUGAGCCUGGAUAAUGAGCCCUGGUCCAAUGGCAGCAGCCCCGUCCAGCAGUCGCUGUCUCGCCGCUCUUCUUCGUCGUACCAACCACCCCGUGACACCUCCACACCCCAGCAUGUACACAAGGACUCGUCCACAGAAUCCACCAUGACCAUUGAAAAGAAGCAUGACUCCGAUUUUAAUCAAAAAGAGCCUGCAUCAAACCAGGACUUCUUCCUCACGUGGGGAACGAGGAGCAUUAGACGGGGAUCAAAAGGAAAAGAGACACGUCGCUCAUCAGAUUUAGGCGGCACGGUUAGCACAAAUGUAAAAUCUAGCUCCAGUAAUACUGAAUGUACUAAGACCUCAGCUUGUGCACCAGUUACAGUGUUCUAUGUUCAGGGGAAGUCGUCCUCAAUGUCUGGGUGCCUCAACUGCUUUUCUAAUCCAUUGGGAAAAGAUGGGCGACUAAAGGGGUUCAGGUCUCCUAAAGGUCUCCCACGUGCCAGCAGUGUGAUUUCCACAGCUGAUGGCCCGUCCAGACGCCCCAGCAUCAACAGCAACUGCAGGGUGCCGGAAAAGUGCAAUAACCAGGAGAAACUAGAAACAACAUUGAAGCCCGGUCAACAAGCAGAAGUCAGUGAGAACCUUGGACUGGAGCCCAGUCCUCCGGUCAAACCUCCCAGAGACCCAGCACUUCACAAACCCCCUGUACAGGAGUCGGAUAUCAGCUCUCAAUUCACACUCAACUCUGUCUUUUCUAACACAAUCUUCAGUGAUUCGGUAGGAACAACUGGUCCGAGCACGCAAGACCUGUUCCUAUCCGAGUCCACAUGUAAAUCCACCAGCGAGCCAGGAGUCUGUUAGUAACCGUUUGGUGCCACAAUGUUGGUGGCGGACUGGAAGAGAAGGAUAAAUAAAAUCAUCUGUUAUAUUAUCAUAUUGUAUCCUGCAAUUAAAGCACCUGUUGAGGCCAUUCCCUUGGGGGUUAUUAUACAACUAAUUUCACAACUACAUAGAAAAUCAUUAGUUAAGUCUGUGUAUUUGCGUACUGUAAAUACUGUACAUAUCUGUGUUUGAUAGUUUAAUGUGUUUUUCUGUACCUUUUGUGUCCUGGUGUUCCAGUACUUGAUUUUGGAGUUACCCUAAAAGAACUGUGUAUAUAACAUGCAAAUUCCUGAUAAGAUAAUUUGUGUUUUAUCCCUUCAAU